GUUUUUCCUCCAAAAAAAUAAUUAUUAUUUCUCGUAGUGAUUAGUAAGUGACUUUGGAGGUGAAACAUUUUUUGAGGCCAUGGAGCCUAUGACUCUAGGAUCACCAAUGAAUAGUCCUGUUCAGAGUCCUGGUAGUCCAGGAAAUUCUUCCUCGUAUUUGCCAAGUUUUCUCUUGGGUGACACUAAUACUCCAGCAAAGAUCAACAUAAUAAGUCCUCAAGAUAAUCCACGUCAUUUGAACAUCACCAAUACCAGUAUGAUGUCAUCCGUUUCCUACGGCUCUCCAGAUUACCGAUCUAAUCGUCAGAAGGCAGUGUUUGGAUCUACGACUCCUAGCACGCCACAGAUAAGCACAAAAAAUCACACUGGAGGACCACCUACGCGAGGACUAUUCGACGCUCUAGAAGUCACGCACAUGUCAUCUGUGGCAGUCACAAAUCCAGCUACCACACCUAUAAAUCAAUCCAAACUCAUGAUGACUACAUUAACUAGUCCGCUGGUAUUUCCAGAUAGUUCGCUCAAUUUGAGCACGAGCGAGUCGCAGAGUCUACUGCAAUGGGUAACGGUUUUCGGUUUCUUACCAAUUGAUGUCAACGCUGUUCUAUCUCACAUCUCCAGCAGAGUACGUAUAGUGGAUAAACAUCCAGCUCCACAACCCCAAAGCAAUUGGAUACACUUGAAGUGUGCGUCGGAGCAGGAAGCACAAAAGGCUCUUAUGUGCAAUGGUAGUAUUGUUUCGGGUACGAUUAUGAUCGGCGUCAUACCAUGUACGGACGAGGGUGUCGUUCUGGGUUGCGACAAGGAAAACCGUACCAAAUUGAACGGAAGUAUGAGAUCACUUUCAAUGGGUAGAAUCAGUCAGUCUCCCUUCAACUCAUCGCCUACGGCGAGACGACGGAAGCUGAGAUCUUUAGCAGCGGGCUACAAUCAACAUUUUAGCCCGCAAACCGCGCAGGUGCCAGAAAAUGUUCCACAGAAGUCUGCCAGUUUAGUGUCAAAAGCAAUGGAAUAUGUGUUUGGUUGGUAGUUGUUUUUUUUAGUAAUAAUUAUACAUUGAACUCUUUACAUUUGAAAUAUAUUAAAAAUUGUAGAAAGGAAAUUACGAUGAACAAUAUAUUAAUCUUUUGGAAGUAAACUUUUAAACGGGACACUUUAACUUAAAGAUUAAAUAAAAUUAUUAUCUACUAUCCUAAAAAUAAACUUCCGUACUUUGAAAUCAUUAUGAUAAGGUUGUGAAGACUGUUACUUUUUUAAGAUUAUUGUAAUAUGCAUAUUAUCAUAUGUUAUAUUUGUAUGUAUCUUUACAAUUAUGUAGGCUAAGAGCCGAAGUCAUAUGUAAGUCCUAAUUUGCGCAUGAUUACUGUGUCUAUUCCUAGCAAAUAAUAUUGCAUGUACACAAACUCUGAAAAUACCUGUUAUGUUAAUAUUACAUUCCGAAAGACAUAAGAAAUAAAUGCAAUAAUCAUUCUUAUUUCUUAUAGUAUUUGUAACAAUGAGUGAUG